AUGGAGGAGAUGCCAAACGAGAAGAAACAAAGUGAAUCUGGAUCAAUUAAUUGCGCACCUAGUUCAAGCAGCAGCCAGGGCAUUCCCAAUUCACUGGUGAAUAAAGAUGAAGACCUCGCUAUUGGGGUGGUAACAGAGUUAAAGAAGGAGGGGACGCCCAUUGAACAGAAGGAGGAAAGGGCGUCAACGGCUAUCGACUUGAAGGAGGAGGGUACAGCCACCCAACUGAAGGAGGAAGGGGCUUCCAAGGAGGAUGAGGCAGCUGUUGACUCCAAGGAAGAGGGGGCGAAAACCGAAUUGGAGGAAAAGAUGAUGUUAUCCCAGAAGAGAGACUAUGAGAAGGCUAUCGAACUUAAGGGAGAGGGGACAAAGCUAUUCCAGAAGCGGGAUUAUGAGGGGGCGGCCCUUGAGUUUGAUAAGGCAAUAAAGCUCUUGCCAAAGGGGCACGAUGAUAUCGCCUUCCUCCACUGCAAUAUUGCUGCAUGUUACAUGCACAUGAAACCUGAGAGUUAUGAACGAGCUGUUGACGAGUGCAAUGCAGCACUGGAAGCAUCGCUGAAGUAUACAAAUGCAUUGCUGAAAAGGGCACGAUGCUUUGAAGCAUUGGAUAGGCUGGAUCUGGCUUGUGAGGAUGUGCAGAAGGUGCUGAGCUUGGAACCAAACAAUGUCACUGCAUUGGAGCUCUACGAGAGCCUUAGGGAGGAGAUGGAGACAGAAAAUUUGUUGGAGAAUCAGGUUGUGUCACCGGUAGAGCCUAAGGCCGGUUUUUCAAAAGAGAAGAUCCAGAGGAAAGUAUCUCGCAGAUUUAGAAACAAUUCCAUAGUUGAGGAGGUGUGGUUGAUUCACGAUGAUGAUGAGCAAGAGAAUGAUGAAGAUGGCAACGAAGAAGAGUGCAGUGAAGAAAACCACAUGGAGAAUGAUUUAAGCAAUGAAGGAAAUGAUACCCGGGAGAUGCCAUCGAGGCAUAAUCAUGACGAGGAUAAAUGGAACACGGAACAGAACCAGGUGAAGCAUGGUCAGCACAAACUAGGAGCAGAUGAUGAAGGCCAACGACCGCAGCAUGCUCCGCGGGAUGUGGAACAAAUGCACCACAAAGAAACAGAGAGUCAAAAUAAGCAUGAAAAGCCCCUCAAAGAGAUAAAGGUGAGAAGUGGUCAGGAUCAGCAGGUAAUGCAUACAAAGCAGAAUCAAGUCGCCGAUAUGGAUGUGCGUCAAAAGCAAAUUGAGGAUGUACCAACCACUAGUCGUAGCAACCAAGAAAUUCACACUGAGAUGUAUGAAAGGUUUAUCAAUGGCAACCAAGCAAGACGCUCCUUACAGCGGCAUACUAGUCGUGGCGGGGACAAGCAGGAAAAGCAAACUUCAGUUAAACUAGCAAGUCCUGGGGGAGAUGAGCACCAAAAACAGAAACGCGCAUAUGCUGCUGAUGGAGAAACAAAGACUGUAAAGUUUGUUAUGGGAGAUGACAUAAGGAUUGCACUUGUUCCAGAAGACUGUAGUCUACGGCAAGCGAUAAACGUAGCUCGCUGCAAGUACAGUCCGCACCUGAAGGCAAUGCUUCUUAAGUUUCAGGACAUAGAGGGUGACUUGGUGACCAUUACAUCAACUGAGGAACUAAGGUGGGUUGAGGAUCUUAAGCAAGGACCCGCUCGACUGUACAUAAAAGAAGUAAGUCCUGAGCGCGAGAUCACCAAGGACAUCGUCAUGCCCAAUAUUUCUACGGCAACGCUGGAAAGAAAGCAUAGCAUCUCUGAGUGCGGAAGCGCUAGACACCCAGCAGAAGACAAGAGCUCAUCAUAUGCUGAUGACUGGAUGGUGCAGUUCGCUCGUUUAUUCAAGAACCAUGUUGGUUUUGAUUCUGAUGCAUUAGUGGAUCUCCGUGACCUCGGUACGCGGCUCUGCAUUGAGGCAAUGGAAGACACCAUCACAAGCGAAGAAGCCCAGGAGAUAUUUCAUGCGGCAGAGGCAAAAUUUCAGGAAAUGGCAGCUUUAGCAUUGUUUAACUGGGGCAACAUACACAUGUCUCGCGCAAAGAAACGACUAUUUUUAUCAGAGGAUGCUUCAAAGGACUCUGUACUUUCCCAGGUCAAAACCGCAUAUGAACUGGCAUGCGCUGAAUACGCCAAAGCUGGAAAGAAGUUUGAAGAUACUGUGGAUGUAAAGCCAGACUUUUAUGAAGGCCUUAUUGCGCUUGGAAAUCAACAGUUUGAGCAAGCAAAACUUUCUUGGCGUUAUGCAGAUGCUUGUAAGGUAGACAUGCGAACUGAAGUACUAGAGCUAUUCAAUCGUGCUGAGGAUAAUAUGGAAAAAGGAAUGGAGAUGUGGGAGGGAAUAGAAUACUUGCGACUAAAAGGGUUAUCUAAAUCAAAAAAGGAGAAAAUCCUACUGGAUAAGUUGGGAUUGGAUGGGCACCAAAAAGAUAUAACAGCAGAUGAGGCGUUUGAGCAAGCUUCAAAUAUGCGAUCACAGCUAAACAUUUCAUGGGCUACCAUUCUUUAUGAGCGAUCAGUAGUAGAAUUCCAGUUAGGUCUUGCUAGCUGGGAGGAGAGUCUCACCGAAGCAAUUGAGAAAUUUAAGACCGGUGGAGCUUCGCUGGCAGAUAUCAGUGUAAUGAUAAAGAACCAUUGUGCGAAUGAGAAAACUCAAGAAGGAUUGAGCUUCAAGAUUGAUGAGAUAGUUCAAGCAUGGAACGAAAUGUACGAUGCUAAAAAGUUGGAAAAUGGUAGUUCUUCUUUCCGUCUUGAACCUUUAUUUCGAAGACAGCCUUCGAAGCUGCAUAAUGUACUAGAGCACAUAAAGUACACAUGAGCUUGUAUUUAACAUAGGACUUGAUGCUGUCGACAUGGAUACGAAUGUUGAUACUAAUUGAAAAAGGCUGUUGACUGUUCCGAAUUGUCUAUAUUCAUGAACUGAAACAGAUGAUAUUUCCAAUUCAAGCUACAAGGGGUGUUCAGGAUACACUUUGCAAAGCUUACAAGAUAGUACUUAUUUCACAAGCUGCAGCUCUGUUUUACAGAUGCGAGAGACCCAACUUCGCAUUAUUAGAUACAUAGUUAAUCUCAACUGUUGUAGACAUAUAAGAGUUAAAGUUCAGUGUGAAAGUUUAUAGUUUUGGAAUGAUCGAAUGGU